CGAAGAAGUGCUUUUUCCGUGGUUUUCUCCGUAACGCCACAAGUGAGGAGCAAUCAAGCAAGCAAUUCGAGACCAGUGUAACAGUUUCCUUAAACUGCCCAACUGCGCGAUUGCCGAAUGAUGAAGGAAUGAGACUCCAGAGGACCCCACCUAUUACGUUUUCCAAGAAGAGACGGCGGAGGUUGCGAUCUCGCUUUCAAUCGUCCAGAGAAGCCGAAGACGAGCCGUGGCAGAAGUGGAGUACCGAGUCCGCUGACAGCAUCACUGACGCCGAGCUGACAGCCAACGAAAUCGCGGUUAUGAGCUACGAAAUUGGGAAGAUUUUGUCGGAAGCAGGAUUGCCCACGAGGGUCGCUCAGCCCAACGAUGUUGACGUCCAGUCGGCAUCGUCCCUGCUGCUCGCGACAGAACUGGCACCGAACAAGGAGCAGAAACUUAAGCAGGCAAAAGUGCGCGCACUGCAGACUUCGCAAAAAUCUCCCAACUACGACGCGUUGCGCACGCCACAGCCUCCGCUCCAUCGAAGCCAGCAACGAACUGCGCUAGCGCUCUAUGGGAAUCCAUCGGAGCGCUUACAGCCCGUCCAAGCAACAGUGCUCAGGGACGACCUAGACCCAACCCUUGCUUACAAGCACUUCAGUAGCACCGAGGCGUCCAUGCAGCAAGAACCGGGGCCCUCGGGCGUCUCAGCAAACUUCGCAGUGAGGGGUGGAACAUCUUCUACCGGAGGACAAUUCGCCCCGACGAGCGAAUUACGGGAAUCGCCCACUUACAGAAAUAACGUGCCACCUCUUCCCGUCGCUACUGCCGUUCCUGUUGCGACUGUUGCUGGAAAUCGUGGAUGUCCCUGGUGCCCGAGUGAAUUCAUGCCAACGGCUCCCGCUUUUCAGAAUACUGGACUAGUAUGCGACGAAUGCAGAUUUACUUGCACGGGCUGCGGAAGGCGUUCCCCCGAGGUAACGUUCACAACUUACUGCGUGAAUUGCAGAAGACCUAUUCGCCCUCUCAGAGAAACAUGCCGCAUCUGCCAAGAGGAGUACGUUCACCGAUUUCACGACCAAGAAGACCCCUACUGCAACUGCCAGCGGGCAGACGUGCCGAAACCGCGGCUGAGCAGUGAGAUCUCGAAAAAGAACAAUGGAAAGGUGUUCGUUUACGCUACACGCGAGCGCACUGAUUCUUCACGCCGUCUUCCACGAAAACAAAACACGGGAGGCAGCCGCCCAAGCGCAAGACAAGUCUGGACAGCAAGCAACACCACAAUACCUGAUGGCUGGGAGAGCGACUGUUCCGACGUAACAGGCUUGGAUGAAAGACGCCCAAGAAGCACGACUCCCUCGGUUCGCGUCGCAGAUACAGAUGAAUGUGUGCCCCUGUAUGUUACAGCUGACGCUCAAGCUACCUUUAAUUGGCCGCCGUCACUUUCACAAAGCUCAGUCAACGGUGGGGAACAGCAUGGGUGUCCUGUUUGCGGAUGCCCAGAAUAUCAGAAUGCACGUGUCACUAGCGCUUCUUAUGUCUGCCCUCCUAAACCAAAUAACUGCUGCUGCUGCUUCGAAGUUCCAUACAACACAGCUAUUAUGCCUCCUCGUCAAGUUCCACUGACUAACAUCUGCAGAGACCACCCUCCCAUUUUAUAUCAGCAGCCGUCCUUAAUCCCAUUUUGUGCUUCCACCAUUCACCGUGAAGAGACUUGGACAGAAGGCAACACUGUACGAAGAAUAGUUGUAGAACAGACUGAGCAGCCUGGGUGGCUGCAACCGAACAUGAGGCAACUUUCAUCCGCUACGGCACCGCUAGCCUCUGCACAGAGUUAUACAUCGAUGACGAUGCAGCCAUCUACUCUACUAGCAACGUCCACGCCUUCUGCAGGAUCGUGGGGAAGGACACUGGAUUUCAGUCCUCUCGUAAUGUCACGUGAAUACUCUUAUGCAACCUGUGUUCCUCAGAGCAGCGCCCGAGACAUAAUGUGGUCCACGACAGCGCUCGGGGGUGCGUUCAGCUCUACCAGCACUGGUCUUCAUGAGAAGUCAAAAGUUGCCUCUCAGACAGCAUCAAGAAAACCAAGCAUCAAGGAACAUGAAAGAAGACGCUCCAGUUCGUCUGCACCAUGCAUGAGAAAGUCCAGCUUUAGAGAACCUGAAAAAUCAUGGAAUUUUCCUACAGCCAAUGACCUAAAAAAAUUCACUGUGGAAGAACCCGGACAGGGUUCUCCGUUUGUCUUCUCUGUAGGUCGAAGAGAAUCUAGCAUAAAAGCUAGUGCAAGACUGCGUUCAUCUAUAUCGGUCGCAGAAUCACAAAAUGUUGACCACCAAGAGGCCAAUCGGCGUCCUUCCCUUUCUUCAAGCUCGAAGAAGCCAAGGCUCAAUGGCGCAGAGAGACGUCUAUCGCUGGAAUCUGCCGCUACCAGCCGGAGAACCUCAAGACAAUGUGCUUCUAAUGAUAUGUCUAACGUAAGCAAUAACACGACGUUAGCUUCAGGAGCACGAAUGGAACGCUGCUGCGCGUCAGUGUGUGUAUGCACUGAAGCGCCUGUACUCGCCGACGUCGCAGUUCAAGCCACGGAGAAGCCUGUCACUAGAACUUCGAAGGAAAGCGACACACGUGCCAUAACUUUUUCCUUAAGUAAAGCGUCCUCGAUGCUUGCCUCCAAAGCUUUUCCUAAAAAGAAAAUGGAAUCAAAAAUCAGCAAGGACACAUUAUCGAUGCAUAGCUACCAGAGCAUCCCCAUGAAUGACAACACUUCACGUUCAAUUAGGAGCGAGCCGGUAUUAAAUCGAAAGGGAAGUGAACAGUCUGUUUGUAAUUAUGACACGGCAUCAGAGAACAGAGAAGAGAAAAUCGCUAAUAUUAGGGACGAUGGUGAGCGAUCAUUUUCCGAUCGCAAAAGUGAGCAAAAGGCAACAUCAAAAGGAGACGAGUAUGAUACCCACAGGAGCCCUAACGAAAGCAGCGCUAACGAAAACGGCGCUGUCGUAGUGGAUGAGCCCGAAGGUGUCGGAGGAUCUGAGCAUUCAGACAGAAAAGAUUCUGCCCAAGAGCAACAGGAUGAAUCAGGACAAGAUGAAGCGGCUAAUCUCCCUCCCCCUACUGGGCCUCUAAUGCAUUCAGGUAAAGACAUUGAAUACGACCAUAAGAUAGCUGAGCAAUCCUUAGAAGAGCUUAUGACCAGCGCGAGGUCAUUAUAUCCAGAAAGCCGCGUUGUAAUAGCUCUGGCUAUGUUAUGUCUUCUUUGGGUGAUAGCUAUUAUAGUGCUGACGACUGCGGGCCACUCUCCCGUACUGCCAUUCCCUAGUGAUACGACGUACGACUACAUUCCAAUGACGACUGAAUCAAGAGCUAGCACACGUUAUCAACCCCCGACACAGAAAACGACACAGCAUGCUAUCAUCUCACGUCCAAGCACAACAGGAAGUAGGGUGUACACAUGUUCAACACCCUACUGUGAAAGCGAAGGUGCAUUUAUCAAGUCUCUUCUCAGUAGUCAAAACCAUCCUUGUGACAAUUUUUACGACUACGUUUGUGACAUUUGGAAAGCCAACGCACGCCCCAACGUAGGAAUGGGAUUUGGCGCGGCGGUUUCCAGGGAUACAUUUAUCGAGGAAAAAAUGGAGGGCGACGUUGCAGAGUACUUUAAGGGCGACAGCCCAGACGUGCUGCUAGCGCUGCAGCUUUUCAAUGCCUGCGUACGGAGCUCUAACCUGCAAGGAAUGGAAGUCAAAAUGGCAUUGAAAGACAUAUUUAAAGAAUUUCUUACUGUAGCUUGGCCAAUCACUCAGACGAACACCGCUUUCAGCAUAUCACAUGUCUGGUCACUAGCGGGAACACUGUACCGGCAGUUUGGCAUCGAUGCAUUUCUCGGCAUUUCCAUAGGAAGACACCAAAGCAAGCAGCCCCUGGUUGUCCUAGAACCACCUAAAAUGUUAUUUUUAAAGAAUUACGAAAUCUACAACAUGAUUGUUGCUAUGUUCCAGGACGCGAUACGAGAAGCCCUUGGGCUUUCUUCAUCACAGAACAAUGCUCAAGUCGCCAACGAUGUGUAUAGUGUUUUCCGUGACCUUUCUCAAAGACAACCAACAGAAGAUGAAUUCAACUUCAAAAUAACAAGACUGCGCGACAUUCCUAUGGGAUUUCAUACGUUCAUGUCGGCAGUUUUCGAACACAGGUUGAGCUCACAGGCGACAAUAGUUGUACGCAGUCCUGAGUUUAUGCUCAGCCAGCUUGAUAAUCAUGUAAAAUCCAACGACGUACCAAGCCUAAUAAACUACUUGGGAUUCCGAUUAAUUAUUCGAAUAGCCCCUUUUCUUCCCACAAGCGGCUUCGAAAACCUGAAGAUGUUAUUCAGCGUUGAAGCUACGGGACGUGUGCGCGCUUUGCCGCUCCACCAAGACAUAAUGUGCCUUCGGGCUGUGGAGGCGGCACUUCCUAUCUGCGUCGUCAAGGCUCAAGCUAAAGUGCACUUGGCCACGGGAAACGACCUGAACGAUCGCGUCUGGCUUUCUCAGGUAGAGAAUAGCUUUUUCCGAAACUCGGCGCGACUUUCCUGGGUUGACGACCUCACGUACAUGAUAAUCCGCUUCAAGCUGGCCAACACCAAGCUGGCUCGCUUCUUUCCGGGCUGGUCUUUGGGGGCCAACGAGUGCAACGGUAGCAUCAGCGACUACGGGAGCGAUGUAGUGCACGUCUACCGUGACCUAUUGAAGCGCGCCAUGGGGACCAAGCUGAGGCAGAUUGACGCCCGCUUAGCACCUCGAGAGCCGGGAUCACCUUUCGACACACGCAGUCGAUACAGCUGGGCCCAGCAGACAGUCUACGUGCCCCUGGGGAUAAUCAACAGUUCGGUGCCCAGCAACGCUACGCUUUUUGCCUUCCACCUCUCCAGGAUGGCCGUACGUUUCUUUCACAGCUUGACACCGCUAUUAUGGCAAGAACAGACGUCACUGGGCGCGUCGUACAAUCUGCAGUACACGAGUCGCUCACAGGCUCUCUUCCACGAGCUACUGAAGUGCUUGUCCAGCGACUUUGCCACCGUCUUGCGCGAGACACGAACCGAAUUUGACUUGGACCCCGACGACGCUCGCUACGCGUUGCUCGCGCAGACGGUCGCCGUGGCUGUCGCAUUCGUCACUUUCCGCGAACUUUUGCAUGUUGAGCGCAUUUGGAAGCUGAGCUUUCGGCUAAGCACGUUGCCAGACUUGUCCUCCGACCAGCUGUUCUUCGUAUGGUACGCGCUCGACAACUGUGAGAACAGUGAUCCCGCGUACCAAAUCCGUCAGUACAAGACGUGGAAGCGGUUGCCCCCUGAUCUUGCCGUCAACUUCCCGCUCCGUCACCUGCCUCGUUCCUUUGGAGAAGCAUUCGGCUGCCAACCCGGUAGCUUCAUGAGACCAUUGGGGCACUCGGGGACCUGCAAUCUUUUCAAUAGCACGCUAAAUGAUCAUAUGAUACCUUGAAAUGUAUAAAGUAUUAAUUAUGAGAC